UGGCUCUAGAGCUAACAGCUACACCUUCCAGAUCGCAGCUAAGGUUGCCAGGAUACAUCCAGGCGACAAAGGCUGGGGUUCCUGUUCCCAGCAGCCAGCCUCACAUACUACAUGAACUCACACAAGAGGAGAUGAGAAUUGUGGAGCCCCCAGCUAUUCUGCUCCUGUUUCCACCAGCUACGCCACUGAGGGGUUCAACAGGCCAUGACAAAAGCCAAAAUAGAAAGAUAAAGAACAAGUAUUACAAGAUCUUGGAGGCAUCUGAGGUUUCAUGGGGACUUUCCAGCAUUCCAGACUGCAGUCCUACAAUGAAGCUCUGAGUCACAGUCUUUGGGUCUAAGGUACUGGCUACAAUGUGGAACCUCAGGAGAGCCAACCUGACUAACCUUCACUCUAAGCAGAAGCCCAAAAAGUGUCUGGCCUGAAAUCAGAGCAAGCACUGGAGAAAGAUUUCUUUGUUAAUGGAAAGAGGAAAGGAGAAAAGGGUUUCCAACACGUUGCAGCAGUCUUUCCACCAUUCUAAAGAGCCUACCUUCCUUAUAAACCAAGCUGUUCUAUCUAGUGAGUCCCAUUAUAGCUUUUUGCCAGAAAUAGAGCAUGUCAAUCCUGGUGAAAAAAUAAAGAUCAACCCUCGGAAAAACAGACCUGGAACUGUAAUACUCUCAAAACGGUCCAGUAGGAGGAUUAUGUCGGAAAGCCAGCCCAGCCCCCCUGUGAUCCCAUCCCGCAGGCCUGGGUUCCGGGUGUGCUAUAUCUGCGGCCGAGAAUUUGGGUCCCAAUCACUUGGCAUUCAUGAGCCCCAGUGCUUGGAGAAGUGGCGUAUUGAAAAUAGCAAGUUGCCCAAGCACCUGCGGAGGCCAGAACCUUCCAAACCACCGCCUCUCAGCGGAAGUGGAUCCUACGGUCUUCAGGCAGCGAAUGAGGCAGCGUUCCAGAGUUCCCAGGCUCAGCUGCUGCCAUGCAAAUCCUGUGGCCGCACGUUCUUGCCAGAUAGGCUUCUUGUUCAUCAGAGAAGCUGCAAGCCGAAGGGUGAGGGGCCCAGGGCACCAAACCCCAACAGUUCUGGUAAUCUUGCUCAUCUCAAGAAAGCUCCUCGAGGCAUCCCAACCCGGCCAAGGACUCUCAUCUGCUACAUUUGUGGUAGGGAAUUUGGCACCCUGUCCCUUCCUAUACAUGAGUCCAAAUGCUUGGAGAAGUGGAAAAUAGAAAAUGACCAGCUCCCCAGGGAGUUCCGCCAGCCACUCCCACAGAAGCCUCAGCCCCUUCCAACUGGACAGUCCAACCAAGAGGGGCCAAGUCAAGCUCAGCUUGUGCCCUGCCCAAAUUGUAGCCGUCCCUUUGUCCCCGGCAGCCUUCUGGUACACCAGAGAAGUUGUAAAGCUCAACCUAGUGGGCCAAAAGUUCAGGAUUUGAAAUUAGGGAGUAAAGGUGGCCUCAAAGAGUUCACUAAUUCCAAGCAGCAAAGGAACAUGGCAGCACCCACUGUGACUGAUAAGCCGACAAUGAUAAGGCAUCCACCAACAGUUGUUUGCUACAUUUGUGGUCGUGAAUAUGGAACAAAAUCAAUUGCCAUCCAUGAGCCACAAUGUCUGAAAAAAUGGCAUAAUGAAAACAACUUGUUGCCUAAAGAGCUAAGGAGACCAGAGCCAAAAAAGCCAGAAGUCAGGACCAUUACUGCCAAGGGUUUCUAUGAUCUCGAUGCCUUAAAUGAAGCUGCUUGGACAAGUGCCCAGAGCCAGUUGGUUCCCUGUAAUAUUUGUGGGCGUACCUUCCUGCCAGACAGACUGAUUGUUCACCAACGAUCCUGUAAACCAAAAGUCGCCAAGUAAAGCCCUUUCUCCCUACGAAAGAGUUACAGAAAUUAAAUCCUUUGGAAAGAGCUGGGAUGUGGUGGGGGGGAGGAAAAGGGGGAGUGGAGAGGAAACAAGGAAAACUGAAACUGACCGAAGGCCAUCGAGCAUGGGACGCCCAGCUCAGUGCUCUGGUGGCCCGGCGUGACCACUGUGUCACUGCUUUUAGCAAGCGGCUGUGUGCGUGUGCCUAGACACGCCUGGGGCCUCACAUGUCACAAGGUUGUUGGGCAGAAUUACACGUGGCCAUGCCUCAUCAGAGCUGGCAUUUUUAUCUCCAGGAAAUUUCAGAGCCAAUGGUUGCCGUUUUUCUUCUGGUCUGUUUUCCCAAACAAGAUUCUGAACUUCACA